CCGCAGCCGCAGCGGCAGCAGCAGCAGCAGCGGGGCGGUGUUGGCGGCUGCCGGCAGCUGUCAGCCCCCGCUCCGCCGGCGCCCACCGCCCGCCUGUCACCGCUGCGGGGGGAGGGGGAGCACUGAGUGCGCUGCGGUGCUGACCCGCUUCCUUCCUUCCUUCCCUCCCUCCCUCUCUCCGGUCCUCUCUCUCCCCCCCAAAAAACCCCUUUCCUUCCUCCCUUCCGCCCGCCCAUCGCUGACAUCCUCCUCCGGCCGCCUCCCCGCCGCGGGCUGCGCGGCCCCCGCCGCCCCAGCGAGCGCUGCGCACAUCGCCCGAGCUGCAGCACCGAGCGAAUGUAUGAAAACAUGUCCACAAUGGUGUAUUUAAAGGAAGAGAAGUUGGAGAAGCUUACUCAAGAUGAAAUCAUUGCCAAAACUAAGCAAGUGAUCAAUGGACUAGAGGCACUGAAGAAUGAACACAAUUCAAUUUUACAGAGCUUACUUGAAACACUGAAAUGUUUGAAGAAAGAUGACGAAACUAAUCUGGUUGAAGAAAAAUCAAACAUGAUUCGAAAGUCACUGGAAAUGCUGGAGCUUGGCCUUAGUGAAGCACAGGUAAUGAUGGCCUUGUCAAAUCACUUAAAUGCAGUGGAAUCAGAGAAGCAGAAACUGCGUGCUCAGGUUCGCCGGCUAUGCCAGGAAAAUCAGUGGCUACGGGAUGAACUAGCCAAUACACAGCAGAAACUACAGAAAAGUGAGCAGUCUGUGGCUCAGCUGGAGGAAGAAAAGAAACAUCUAGAAUUCAUGAAUCAGUUAAAAAAAUAUGACGAUGACAUUUCACCAUCAGAGGAUAAAGAUACAGAUUCCACCAAAGAGCCUUUGGAUGACUUGUUUCCCAAUGAUGAGGAUGAGCAAGGACAAGGAAUUCAACAGCAGCACAGCAGUGCAGCAGCAGCUGCCCAACAAGGUGGCUAUGAAAUUCCAGCAAGGUUACGGACCCUUCAUAACCUUGUUAUUCAGUAUGCUUCCCAAGGGAGAUAUGAGGUUGCUGUGCCUCUCUGUAAACAAGCUCUUGAAGAUCUGGAGAAGACUUCGGGUCAUGACCAUCCUGAUGUUGCCACUAUGUUGAACAUACUUGCUUUGGUGUACAGAGACCAGAACAAAUACAAAGAUGCAGCAAAUCUCCUGAACGAUGCCUUGGCUAUCCGUGAAAAGACUUUGGGCAAAGAUCAUCCAGCGGUGGCAGCAACUCUAAACAAUCUUGCAGUACUUUAUGGUAAACGAGGAAAGUACAAAGAAGCUGAACCACUUUGUAAGCGAGCUCUGGAAAUCAGAGAAAAGGUCCUGGGGAAAGAUCACCCUGACGUUGCCAAACAGUUAAAUAAUUUGGCUUUACUAUGCCAGAACCAGGGUAAAUAUGAAGAGGUUGAAUACUACUAUCAGAGGGCACUUGAAAUCUACCAAACUAAGCUGGGACCAGAUGAUCCAAAUGUUGCAAAAACGAAGAACAAUCUGGCAUCCUGCUACCUAAAACAGGGCAAGUUUAAGCAAGCGGAAACUUUAUACAAAGAGAUUCUUACUCGAGCCCACGAACGGGAGUUUGGCUCUGUAGAUGAUGAAAAUAAGCCUAUCUGGAUGCAUGCAGAAGAGAGGGAAGAGUGCAAAGGGAAGCAGAAAGAUGGCACAUCUUUUGGAGAAUAUGGUGGCUGGUACAAAGCUUGCAAAGUUGACAGUCCAACAGUCACAACUACUUUAAAGAACCUUGGGGCACUUUACAGACGACAGGGCAAAUUUGAAGCUGCUGAAACAUUAGAAGAGGCAGCAAUGAGAUCUCGUAAACAGGGUCUUGACAAUGUUCACAAACAGAGAGUUGCUGAAGUGCUGAAUGACCCUGAGAGCAUAGAGAAAAGGCGGAGCCGGGAGAGCCUCAACGUGGACGUGGUAAAGUACGAGAGCGGCCCUGACGGAGGCGAGGAAGUGAGUAUGAGCGUAGAGUGGAACGGGGAUGGCACUGGAUCUCUAAAGCGCAGUGGUUCCUUUAGCAAGCUUCGUGCUUCCCUUAGACGCAGCAGUGAGAAGCUGGUUAGGAAGCUGAAGGGAGGAAAUUCACGGGACAGUGAACCAAAGAACCCAGGCAUGAAGCGUGCCAGUUCUCUGAAUGUUCUUAACAUGGGUGGCAAGGCUACUGAAGAUCAUUUUCAAGAACGAAAUAAUUGUCUGACAGACUCGAGAGCUCUGAGUGUCAGUCAUACAGAUUUGGCGCAUUGAGAUUUUGGACAGAAGCUAGUUAAUAUUCCUGUGUGAAUAAAGAAGCACUGAGACCUUCAAAGCUUUGGUUCCUCAUCCUUGUGUAUAGGAACACCUAGUUUGUAGAUGUUGUUGGUUUGGUUUUUUUUUUCCCAAUGGACUGCUGUUUUUACUUUUUAAAUCGGGACGAUUUUAAACACAGCGUUAGUGUUUUCUUUACAGGAAAACUAUAGAUACAUAUUGCUCAUUGCACUGCUCCCAUUCAUGCUACUUACAAUGAUUUCUUUAAUAGACCUGAAUAUUACAGCAGCCAAAAAAAAAAAAAAAAAGUGAAAAUACAAACACACUCAAAGCCUCCCAAAAUGCAGCGGUGUUUGAAAAUGCAGGCAAAACGAAGGGUGUGUCAGUAAAUACAUACAGGGCUGGAAUGAGAAAAGGGUAAGUUCAUGUGCAUUACUGUAUAAAUGCCAGUUGAGCACUCUGCAGUAGGGGGGGUCUUGCCCUUGCACCACUGAUCCUUGUGAUGGGAGAAGCCUUGGCUGGCUAAACAGCACUUAGACACGACUGACUGAACCACUAGACCGAGCUGUUAAAUUUUACAGAACGAUGGCUGGGGCUGUGUUACGUGUGAAUAGCGUGAAUAGCAACACCUGUGACCAUAACUCUGCUAAUGUAAGUCUCUUAGGGCUCAGUAGUCAAUGGAGAUAGGAUGGGUUUUGUCCAUCAGGAGAAAUGGAAAAAAACCUUUACCUUGUGUGGUAGAAGAAUACCCAAGUUUUGGACUGCAACUGUCCCCGGGUAGCUGCGGCUGCUCUCAGGGGAACACUGAGCCUCAGGUUGAUUUUCCCGCUUGUCCACUGGAAUUCACAAUCCCAUUCUCUGUUUGCUGAAAGUGCCCCAACGUUUCCAUGUGGUGAUCCCAAAUCCUGCCUUUCUCCAUAAUAGCUGGUGACAGCAGAAGCAGGCAACUACACGCUGGGAUGUCACACUGUGGAGUAGCUGCUGUGCAAGCGACCACUCACAUCUUAAGGGCCUCCGUGGAAGCACCAGAUGGCCAAAAGUGGCGAGUGACCUGUGUGACCACAUAUCCACAUUAAAUCCACUUAGGUUAAUAUAUAUAUAUACACAUAUAUAUAUAUAUAUGCUGUGUGUAUACAGGACUGCUGCUGGAAUUAUGUAUGUUUCAAGGAUUUUAUAGACAUUAGGAUUUCCUUUUGCUUUUCUGUAAAGCUUGUAAUUUUGUUCUUUUGUGAAAAUUCUUCGCGUGAAGUUGGAUGAGGAAGUAAAAAAAGAAAAAGCCCUACUGGUGUGCGAACAAAUGUAUUUGUGGUCAUAGCUGUGAGCUGGAAAAUGCCGAACAAAUUUAACUUUGGGAAAAGCUGGAAUAUUCAAGGUCAGCGGUAACUGAAGGAGGUAAAAUAUAGGAAGAUACGCAAGUUUUAGUAUUUGAACAGGCUGUGAAAAGUCAUUAGAAUUAGCACUUAGGAGAAAUACUUGACUGGGUUUGCACCUGGUUUUAAGUUGGUUACAGUAACUGAUGCAAAAAGGUGUCUGUGUAAUGCACUUGACUAUGUUUACCAGGAGGUACCGUCUGAGCAUCUCUUCAAAGAAAGCUGCGUGUGGUGCACCUGCUAUAGAGACAGUUUAGGAACGGUGAGAUACGAUGCUGCUAAUAAUUGUGUAGAGGUUUUAGCACAGAGUAGUGCAAUUCAUUAGUGAACUCGAGCAGGAACGGGUUGUUGCUCGGUUAUCUUAACAGUAGAUACUCAUGUAAUGUUGACUCUUGAGUUUUAAUCUUUUUAUUAAGAGCUUUUUAUAUUAAAAAAAAAAUGUAAUAUAUAUACUUUUAUUUUUCCCUCCCUAAAGCAAAACAUUUUCUAUAGAAAUUGGCAAAUAGACUCUCUGCACAAAGGCAGACUGAGCUGGCUUUGCAAAAACAACUGUAGGUGAGGCUGGCAGGCCAGGGGUGCCCAUCUCUGGCCAGGAGGCAGCAGGAGAGCCCUGCACCAGCCUUGUGCCGUGAGACACUCACUGCAAACACCCCUUGGGUCCCUUUCUGACCAGCACAGUGCUUACUCCUGUUGCAGGAGCAGCUCCAUGGGCAGUGUUCCACUUGGAAGACCCUCACAAAAAUCUGGCUUCAAAAAAAAAAAAAAAAACCCACAAAACUAUUUAGACACAGAACUGAUUCGGUAAUAAGGAAUUACUUAAACUGAACGAAGUGUUUCCCACAUUCGUCUUUCAGGUUUGAGGGGAAAAUGAUUUUUUGCAGCCUCUCAAAAAAACCCAACACUGUGUAAAUAGCAAUAAACUGUAACCAUGCCAAAUUACAGUGUACAGUGCAACACCAUGGUGUGUUGAUGGUGAUCGCAGAGGAACUUUCUUGUUCAGGAUGUUGCUGUUGGUGGCAUUACUAAUACCGUGCUUUUAAAUGUUUUAAUCCUUUGUAUAGAAUUUUAAAGUGUGAUGGAAGGUUAAGUUGUUGAGCUACUGCUUAUUAAACAAUUUUUACAUUUAAAAGGUUGAUUUUAUUUUUUCAGAGAAGAAACAAAUUAGAAGACUUCUUUAAUCCAUAAAUCCCCCAAAUGGUAGCCAAGUCUUUACUGUUAGGAGCCAGUGAGCUGUUGGCAGUUUGAGAAGAACUUGUAAAGUAGAAAAACCAAGUUAAAGUCAACAUUCCCUGUGUUUGAAUCGUGAAUGAGUUACUGUCAGGACAUGGUUUGUUACAUUUAUAUUUCAGUUGGGCUUCUCAGUUCGAUUCUAUGCAAGAUUUUCUUUCUGGGUUUCCUCUGUUCCAGUUGUAGCUAAGUCUGCAUAAAGAAUACAUGCAGAACAUCCAAUUGUGUAAUUAAUUCCUGGGUGUCUUCAGCACCAAACUAAAUCAAAGCUCUGAUGAAACAGAAAACUAGAAAAGACUUUCAGAAGUGACAGACAUCUUGUUAGGAAAACUGCAACCUUGGUAAUACGGUUGUGUUUUUAAUCUGGCGUUUUUGUCCUUGACCAGAAUUUUAAGGGUGAACUUCAUGGAAAACAUGAGGACUCCUCUGGAUUCUCUGUGAACAGUGGUGAGUCCCAGAGUGUACAGCAGGAUGUGGAAUGAAUCAUACAUGGAAUUGUUACUGACAGAAAGGUGCUUGUUGCCCUUCUGUCUGUGGUUGUGUGCCGUUUUUUACCGAUAUUGGCAAUAUUUGGUCUUGAGUUUAGAUCUUACCAAGUAUUCUUGUAAAAUGUACCUGUUUCAUGAUUUGCUCCUCUUCUGGAGGAACAGCCAGCAUAUUGUUGUGGUAUUUGUGAUGGUGAUUGCAGUACUGCAGUGCUGAAACAGCACUUACAAAACACAAAAACAAUUGGACACCUUGUCUACCUUAAUGUCGUACAUUAAAAUAAAUGAUGCCCCAUCCCCCCAAGUCCUCCUGAAUGGUAGUAAAUUAAAAUGGUUUUGAACUUGAGAAGUAUCUGUACUUAAAUUAUACCAUCUGAAUCCAGAAAUUCUGCAAGUAGUGUGUUUCAGUUGUAAAUAUUUAGUCAAAGGGCUGUGCAGUGCUGCUUUGAGAGUGUGUUUACAGUAUUUGGUGAGUUGAGUUACUUUUGUUGUGCAGGUCAUGUAUUGUGUCUGAAGGCUGCUGAGAGAAUUGCAUUUUCGGUCAUGUUAGUCUGUACCGAGAGAAUAAAUGUUAAAAGAUGUGCUGCCGUGAAGUUUCAUUGUCACCAACUUACAGAAGUACACCCUGGCUUUUAGUUCUUUUGUAAAUAGUUAGAAUUGAGGGAAAUCUUGGAACAUCUGCAUUGGAUUAUUCCCCUCCCCAUCCCCCCCAACCAUUCACAAAACCAAACCCCAGCAACAGCAAAACUAAAAAACCAUUUGUGAGUGUAUCCUUCUUGAGGAGAUCACCCCCACCCCCGUAUAUGACUUUGAUGUUGGAUUUAAAAAGAUAAAUAAACCUUCCAAGACUGGCUUUCAGAUGCUGCAUUUGAUCUGAGUAGUUACUGCUCCUCACAGCUAUGGAUGAAAUCCCACUGAGAGUUCACCUGCCUGUCUUACCCCAUAAAACUGUGUUGAAAAUAAGCUUCCACAAAUGUUAUCUGUAACACAGUAGCAAAUCACUGUGAUUUGAGGAAACUUGUAAUGAAAUUGUUUAGUGUUUUACUACAUCUGUUUUGUUAAUAGGUCAGUUGUGUAAAUUCUUUACCAAGUAACAAAUCAAUUUGAUUCUCCUUUUCCAAAGCAACGAACACAGAAUAUGAUCCUUCUGCUGAAAAAGGCCUCUUCAAAUACAUCACAGAUCUGUAGUUUAAUUUGAAAUGUUUUAAAGUUUUUUAAGUGUCAUUUAAUGUUUCUUUUCAAAGUGUAGAGAAAUAUUUAAAUGUAGUCUUGCAGGAUAAAGACUUAAUACAUUCUAGAAUGUAAAUCAUCUUUGUAAAAACUACUUCAGUUUUUUCUUGUAUAGAAACAGAUCUGAGUUGUGAAACCCAAAGAUGAAUAAAGCUGUAUAAAGGGAA